CUCGCAGAGAGCCCCGCGCAGCCCCGCAAACGACGCGAUAUUUCCUCCGGAGCUCGGUGGCGGAAUUACCUUAUACAGAAAUCUUGUGAGAUCCCUGUGCAAACAAGGUGAUGAUUGUACAAAGAGUGAUAUUGAAUUCCCGACCUGGAAAAAAUGGUAAUCCAGUGGCAGAAAAUUUCCGAGUAGAAGAAGUAAAUUUACCAGAUAAUAUCAAUGAAGGACAAGUACAAGUCAGAACUCUUUAUCUUUCUGUGGAUCCUUACAUGCGUUGUAAAAUGAAUGAAGACACUGGAUCUGAUUAUUUAGCACCUUGGCAGCUGUCUCAAGUGGUUGACGGUGGAGGUAUUGGGAUUAUAGAAGAAAGCAAACAUUCCAGUUUUACUAAAGGCGAUUUUGUAACUUCUUUCUAUUGGCCCUGGCAAACCAAAGUUAUUCUGGAUGGAAAUAGCCUAGAAAAGGUAGACCCGAAACUCGUGGAUGGACACCUUUCAUACUUUCUUGGAGCUAUUGGUAUGGUUGGUUUAACAUCCUUGAUUGGAAUACAGGAAAAAGGUCACAUAACUGCUGGAUCUAAUCAGACCAUGGUUGUAAGUGGGGCUGCUGGUGCUUGUGGAUCCUUGGCUGGGCAGAUUGGUCACCUGAUGGGCUGUUCAAGAGUGGUGGGAAUUUGUGGAACACAUGAGAAGUGCCUCCUUUUGACCUCAGAACUGGGUUUUGAUGCUGCAAUUAAUUAUAAGAAAGAGAAUGUAGCAGAGCGCCUCCGUGAAUUAUGCCCAGCUGGCGUGGAUGUUUACUUUGACAACGUUGGCGGUGACAUAAGUAAUACAGUGAUAAGUCAGAUGAAUCAGAACAGCCACAUCAUCCUGUGUGGUCAGAUUUCUCAGUACAACAAAGAUGUGCCUUAUCCUCCUCCACUACCUCCUGCUGUAGAGGCAAUCCAGAAAGAAAGAAACAUUACAAGAGAAAGAUUUCUGGUGUUAAAUUAUAAGGACAAAUUUGAGCCUGCUAUUCUACAGCUGAGUCAAUGGUUUAAAGAAGGAAAACUAAAGAUCAAAGAGACUAUGAUAAAUGGAUUAGAAAACAUGGGAGCUGCAUUCCAGUCCAUGAUGACAGGAGGUAAUAUUGGAAAGCAGAUAGUUUGCAUUUCAGAAGAAACCUCCUUGCAAUCUCUAUAAAUGUCUUCAUCAAGGAAAUACAGAUUUCUUUCCAUUUAGCAUAAAGAUUUUCAAGAUACAUUUAAAAAAACCUUAAAGAUAGCUUUUGAUUUAAAUGUAAUCAUAGGUGAUUAUUUUUAGUUGCAAAACAUAAUUCUUUCCUAAGUCUUCAAUAUUAUAUAUGUACUGUACAUCUAACAUAUUAUUUACAGUGAUAUAUUGAAGUCAACAUGAUCUAUUUUUAUUUCUUUUGCUAAACUAUUACAGACAUUCUAUCUUUAUCAGAUAUUCUGAAACCACUGGAGAUUUGAUACAACUGUCAGUGGAUCACAGAAAACAGCUUUUUAAAAUUAAUAGCUUUUAUUGAAAAUGGAAUGGCUGAAAGGCACUUAGGAAAUAUUUGUAGAACUGGAAAUGUUUUACAUCAUUCUUGAACUGAAUCUUGGCAUAAGAGAAUUGGGAUGGCCUUUCCAUACUGCAGAUGGAAAAGGGACUUAAUGGAAGAGUGUGUAGGGGUUGGGGGGAAUUCAGAGCUUAUGGGACAGUUUUUGGGAUAGGAGAGCAGAGGCUUUGUGUUGGGAGUAGUAUGAGAAGAUAAGUAAAGGUUGAUUAGGUUGAUGGAGAGACUGCAUUAACUAUAGAAGAUGAUCUGUUUGUGUUAUGUCAAAUAAUUUACUGUAUAGCCUAAAAACUCAAAUAUUUAUUGAUAAAAGCAUAUGUUUAUUUUAGGUUAGCAGGCACAUACUGUCAAAUAGCUGUCAAGAUUUCAAGGGCAAAUAGAUAAAAACAUCACGUGGUGUUUCAGGUGAUUAAAAAGAUUAAGACAGCCCUGGCCAGUUUGGCUCAGCAGUUAGAACGUUGGCCUGCGAU